AUGGCUAACGAAAAGACAUCAAAGAAAGAAAAGGAUAAGAAGGCUACACAUGCCGCAUCACAGGAUAACUUCAAGGGUGAAGAGGUCCUACAGGGUAUCGUACUUGGUGACAGCUUCGACAGACGUUUCGCACCAAUCACAUUAGAGAGACCAAGGACAUUGCUACCUUUGGUAAAUAUACCAUUGUUGGAUUAUACAUUGGAGUUACUUGCAUCAUCAGGUGUACAGGAGAUAUAUGUAUUGUGUUGUGCACAUGCCGAUCAGAUAAAGACUUACUUGGACAACUCGAGAUGGUCUCAUUUGCCUGGUGUUCAAGUGAGGACUGUGUUUGCACUUGGUUCAAAGUCCACAGGUGAUGCACUACGCUUCAUCUACUCGCUCAACAUCAUUCAAUCUGACUUUGUACUCAUCAGUGGCGACGUCAUCUCCAACAUGAACCUAUCAAACGCACUCAAGGUCCACAAGGCAAGAAGAGAGAAGGACAAGAACAACAUUAUGACGAUGGUGUUUAAGCAGGCAUCACCAAGUCAUCGCACGAGAUCAAAGCAGGACGAUUAUAUUGUGGGCUUUGAUCGCGAUACAUUGCAGCUGGCAUGCUACGAGAACUCACCAAAGAAGACUCGUGUGUCAUUGUCGUCGGAGCUGUUCACCAAGCACCCAUCGAUCCAACUGCGUUACGAUCUGAUCGACUGCCACAUCGACAUCUGCUCGCACGAGGUGCUGGCGCUGUUCAGCGACAACUUUGACUUUGGCGACCUGCGCAAGGACUUUAUCCACGACUGCAUGCAGUCGGAGAUCACCGACUACAAGCUGUUCACCUACAUCCUGCAGGGCGAGUAUGCUGCCCGCGUCAAAGACCUGCGCACCUACAACUCUGUCUCCAAGGACAUCAUCCAUCGAUGGACCUUCCCCAUGGUCCCCGACAACAACUUCAUGUGCAACACCACCUACACCCUCUCGCGCCAAAUGAUCUACAAGGAGAGGCACGUCACAUUGAAGGAUUGUACAAUCACCGAGGAGUCUGUGAUUGGAAGAGGCACAGUGAUUGGCGACAAGUCAGUGGUGUCUCACUCCAUCAUUGGAAGGAAUGUUAAGAUUGGCAACAAUGUUAGGAUUGAUGGAGCGUACAUCUGGGACAAUGUGGUGAUCAAUGACGGUGUGGCCAUUACAUCUUCAAUGAUCUGCGAGGGCGCUGUUAUAGGCGCCAAUGCCACGAUCUGCAAGGGUGUCAUAGUCAGUCUGGGAGUGACCGUUGGCGACAAUGUCAUGGUGGAUGCAUUUACAAAGAUCACGGCCGUCGAGGACCCAGACGGAGGCGAGGACAUGGAGUUUGGCCGCUCGCCCACCGAGGUCAUGAACAUUGGCAGCGGUGGCGUCGGCUGGCGAUGGAAGCUGCCCAGUGGCCAGUUCAACGAGCUGGUGCCACGUCUCGAAUCGGAUCCCGUCGAGAACUACACCGAUGAAGAGGAUGAUGAAGACGAGGACUCUGACGAAGAUGACGAAGACGAUCAGGGCAAGAAGGGCGGUCGAUCAAAGGAUAAGACCGAUCUGGCCAAGUUUAGAAGCGAGGUAAUAGAGACCGUCAAGGUUGGCAUCAACCAAAACCAUUCGAUUGAGAACAUCAUCCUGGAGAUCAACGGCCUCAAGUUUGGUUUCGACAAGGACUUCAUGGACUGUGCCACAGCCGUCCUGCCCGCCCUCCUAGACGUCACCAAAGACCGAUCAGCCAUCACACAAAAGGAAUAUGUCGCGCUCUUGAACAAGAGAAUCGACAAGUAUUCAAAGAUACUCGGUCGUUACUUGACAGACACAGAUACACAGGUUGACUUUAUCUUUAAGAUACAGGAUAUGUGUGACGAGGAUCCAGUGUUGCAAAAGGUGAUACAGUUCAUUCUGCAUGCAUUGUAUAACAAUGACAUACUUAGUGAGGAGGCCUUGUUGAACUGGGCCGAGGAGCUGGAAGAGGACGCAGAGAACGAAUCCGAGAACCAAGUCUAUCUAAAGCAAUGUUCACAAUUCUUAGAGUGGCUGCGAGAGGCUGAAGAAGAGGAAGAAGGCGAUGAAGACGAAGACGACGAUGACGAAGACGACGAAGAUGAUGGAUCAUCAGACGACUAA